CAAUAGAAUUUUAUAUACAUUGACCAUGUUCUUGAGUAACCUAUCUCCAGAGAUUAUAAAAUGGCCAACAGCAGCUGAAAAACAUGUCAGCCAACAACAUUUUGCAAAUAAAGGAUUUCCGAAUGUUAUAGGAGCAAUUGAUGGCUGUCAUAUAAAAAUUGAUAGACCUGACAAUGAUCCUGAUUCGUAUAUCAACCGUAAAGGAUUUUAUUCUGUUCAGAUGCAAGCUGUAUGCGACCACACAAAAAAUAAUAGAUUUAUUUUUGGGUUAUCCUGGAUCUGUGCAUGAUAGUCGUGUUUUCAGAAAUUCUCCUCUAA